AAUGAGUUUUGUCAUCUGUCGCAUAUUCAUUCGCUUCGGAUAUUAGCAUGAACUAAACAGCAGUUUUAGCCAUAUAAGGUUGGGCCGGAUGAAUCACUGUAUUGAGGUGCAGUAGGCGAAAAGUUAAAUUUUAUCUCACAUCAAGUUAACACAUCCGGAAUUUAAAGGUAGUUCCACAUAAAUCAUCAAAAAUGUCGAGCAGAAAAACCAAAGGCAAAACAACCAAGAAGCGUGCUCAGCGUGCAACAUCAAAUGUUUUCGCAAUGUUUGAUCAAGCACAGAUUCAGGAGUUUAAAGAAGCUUUUAACAUGAUAGAUCAAAAUAGGGAUGGGUUUAUAGAUAAAGAAGAUUUACAUGAUAUGCUUGCAUCAUUAGGCAAAGACCCCACAGAUGCUUACUUAGAUGAUAUGAUGUCUGCUGCCCCUGGUCCUAUUAAUUUUACUAUGUUCCUUACCAUGUUUGGUGACAAGCUAAAUGGCACUGAUCCAGAGGAUGUCAUCAAAAAUGCCUUUGCCUGUUUUGAUGAAGAGGGAACAGGAUUUAUUUCAGAAGACAGAUUGAGAGAACUGCUGACUACAAUGGGUGACAGGUUUACAGAUGAAGAGGUUGAUGAUAUGUAUAGAGAUGCGCCAAUAAAGAAAGGCAAUUUCAACUAUUUAGAGUUCACUCGAAUCUUGAAGUAUGGUAAAACCGAAGAUGAAGCCAAGUAACCUUAUUUAACUCAUGGUUCUUCCUAAUAGAGCAUAUUUAUCUCGCUCCUUCUGUUGAGGCUUUUAAUUCUUUGUAAACACAAAAGAGUAUGUCUAUAUUUUACCCGCUUUAAAAUGAAAAAUUAAUUUGUUGCAUAUGGUGUAACAAUUGUUGAAAUCAAAGAUUUAAUUCUUUGAGAGCAUUAUUCUGUGCAUAGUCUUAUAACUUUUGAUAUUUGGAUACAAAUCUGUCAAUCUUAUUUGAAUUAAGUUCACAUUUUCUACACAAAAGCAAUACAACUUACACUAUAAAUCAAAUAUAAUAAAUAAGUGGCUGAAUAGAUCAGGUAAAGCAAAGAAUAAAGCUAUGUUUGUUGAGAAGUUAAUGUUUACCAUGCAAACAUUCCACCAACUCUGAGGACCAUUGUUUAUAUUCUUUGUUGUUUUAUAUGACAUUCUCUCUUCAAGAACUUUGCCUAUAGAAGUAUCUUGUGGGACCAUGGCUCUUUAAGCAAGGGUCUAUUUUUUGUGUAAAAUUUUUCAAUUGUAACAGCAAUUUAGCUCUGUCUUGUAGUGAUAAAAGCUGCUUAACUCCAUGUGGGUCAACUUCUUGGUCAUUUUGCCAUGUUAUCUACUCAGAUUUAGUUUUAAUUGGUUCAGUUCAGUAGACAGUUUUGUUAUGGCCUCAGAUUAUUUUUGUUGCUGACCCUUAUAUUCAAACCUUUUACGGUCUUGUAAUCAUGUAUGUCAUUUUCUAUUGAUAAUAAACAUUAUUAACCUUG